UAGAAUAUACUUUCUUAUUGAAAUAUUUGAUUGAAUAUUAUGCAGAGUAUCCAACUGAGGAAAUAAACAUGGCAGACACUGUGAUACAGGCAAUUGUUGGGAAGCUUGAGAAGUUUAUAUGUGAAGAAGCAAAGUUGAUUGCUGGGGUGAGAACAGAAAUUCAGAACAUAAGUCAUGAGUUAAGAACCAUGAACGCACUCUUAUACGACGACGUUGCAGAAGAAGGCGGUCAAAGGAGCAUAAUUAAGGCCGAGUGGGUGAAAACAGUUAGGGAGCUUGCAUUCGAUGCUGAAGAUUGUAUCGAUAAGUUCAAAGUGCGGGUUGAGAAUCCGCAUGUCGAGGGCCUCUUCGGACCACUCCGCAUCACUGCGAGUUACGUAACAAGGCUCAGGGUGCGCAUGUGGAUCGCACAUGAGAUCAAAAGGAUAAAAUCUGAUGCAAAGGAAGCUAGUGAGAGAGCUCAUCGAUAUGGCUUCACAUCUUGGAAUCCUGUUGCUGGCACAACUCGUUUAGAUAGCAAUACCAGUAGCUUUGGGAUGCUUGGUCCUCCACUGAAUGCGGUCUUGAUCGAAGAAACUAAUGAUCCUGUGGGCAGCGAGACGCCCCGAGAUACGCUUAUUGGGUGGCUGUUAAAGAAGGGCUCUCAGCUGGAUGUGAUCUCCAUUGUCGGCACCGGUGGAUUAGGAAAAACAACUCUCGCCAAAAAAGUAUAUGACAGCUUAGUAGUGAAAGAUGGUCAUUUUGAUUGUCUGAUCUGGACCAUUGUUUUUCAGUCCUUCAGUAGGAAGAAUCUUUUGAUGAGAAUUUUCGAGAAGUGCAAAGGUUCUGAAGAACACAUUUCAGAUGUGAAAGUAUUGGCGUAGAAGAUCAUAGACUAUCUUAAGGAUAGACAGUACCUAAUUGUUCUCGACGAUAUCUGGAUUGUACAAGCAUGGCAGGACAUAAAAUCAACCUUUCCUGAUUCGGGUAAUGGCAGCAGAGUUUUGAUGACCACGAGAAAUACAAAUGUGGCUAAGGCUUGUUCCUUCUUCAGUGAACACAUCUUCCACCUGCAACCUCUCUCCCUAGAGCAUUCAAGAAUUCUGCUCCACUGGAAAGUUUUUGGUCCCGACCAUGAGCCUCCUAAAUGUC